ACCCUAGAAGUAGAAGUAGAACGAAUGAGAGACACAACUACCGAGUCAUCGACCUACUCACUAACUCAGCUACUGCAUGCCUGGCCUUGGCCCUUACAAGUAAUCGACGUCCACGUCGGCCACUCAGUUGUUGUUACUUCUCUAAUAGUUUGCAAACUCUGCGGUGACUGCCCCUGCGGCUGGCCCUGCACCUGUCUCUGCAUCUACUAGCCAGCCUCGCUCCGUAACAGUCACUAACACAGCGCUUGCUUAGAGGCAGGUCUACAGGUGACCAUAGUUUCCACAAACUAUGCUUAGAGGCGAUCGCACCAGGGUUCUUUCAAAGUGUGUUUUCGCUGCCACUGAUCGUGAAAAUAAUUAAUCUCAAUCUCAGCAAACCCCUGGAUGAGACUCCGAGUCAGAGGGAAUGGAAGAGGCAGCGUUUCCAGGCGGUGCUGAUCCGCGACAGCAGAUGCGCACCAUGGGUGCCGUAGACGGUAGCGAGGCCAGCAGCAAGGCCGGUACUACUACUACUAGUAGUACUAGCGAGCAGGACCGAGCGAGAAGAUGCUAUGCAUGCCACCACGAGCAAGUGUACGGUGCCGGAAGAAGGAGAGCGGUGGAGGAAGGCGAGAUUGAGUUUGCACUGACAGCAGCCGAUGACAUUGACAGUAGCGGCGGCGGCAACACACAGCGGCGAGCCAGUGCCGACUUCAUGGCCCGCCUGAAGGGCAAGAAGACGUACACGUACGUGGAGCCACCGUUUGUAAGCUGGAGCGCAGAGGAAGUCGGUGAAUGGAUGUCGACUGAGCUGAAACUUCCCCAGUAUGCUCCAUGUUUUGUGGAUAACCUUGUCACUGGCCGGAGACUAGCUCUGGUGGACACGACGGCGUUGGUUCGCAUGGGAAUGCGCAACUGGGAUGAUAUCAAGUUCGUAUCUGAAAAUAUCAGGCAGCUGGUCGGCCGGGGUCCAGAGGUCUGCAUCUACCAUCGUAAUGCUGCCGAUCGCGAAGUUCCGGCAGGCGUGGAGUUCCUGUGGCGGCGGAGUCGCUAUGGUAGCGGCGACCAACUUCGCUACGAGCAAACCGACCUGGCGACGUGUGAUCCGUACUAAGCUGCGGCCAGACUGAUCCCUGCGCUGAGUAGUAUUAUCAGAGCUCCACGAAUGAUUGAACGGGCUUUGAGUGCUAGUAUUCAUCAGUAUGCUGGUAUUGGCUGACACCAAGAGUCCAUAAUUAUGUACUCUUGCUGAUACGGAUAGGUACAUGAUCCAGACUGCACAGUCGAAGUCUUGAGCACUGGAUUUGACAGUUGAUCAUCUGGUUUCAAUUGCUUUGUCACGCUCAUGCAGCACCCUCGUGGUAUUUAAACUUGAUAUUCUGUUAUGGCAUUGCUGUUCUUCAAGUCCUAGCACAAAUACAAUGUACAUGUAUAUACCCAGGCUUUUAUACUCCUCUUGAUUAUGAGCAACCAGCCAGCAUUCCCAGUAUGAUCUGAUGUAUAGACCUGGCCGGCAGAUAACGGUCUUUACUCCCGUCUCUGUAUCAGUGCACUUCUUUGGCAAUUUCCCUCUCGCGGCUGACCGGUUAUCAACAGCGGAGUACAUGAAGAUGAAAGCACAGACAGUA